CCUGCCUCGCCGCGUCCGUCCGCGCCGUCUCCACCCCGCACCGCACGCAGUCUCGUACAGAACACUGGCUUCCGAGAUGAUAGACAUGAUUUCUGUUAUUGAAGAGCUUAGUGGGCUAACGACGAGGGAACUUGGUGAGAUGCUGAAGGAGUCUGAGAGUUUUGUCUUGCAGUCCAAGGCAGACGAUGGAGGUCCAAAGCAGGUCGACAUGGAAAAGCUUGUGUCAUCGCUUCCUCUUCAUCUUCUUGCUGUAUGUUUGGAUCUCGGAAGAGGUUCAGAUUUGACAUAUGUGCUUCGUGGCAUGCGCUUUUUGCAUAGUUUAUCUGAGCUAGCAACUCGCCACACUAGGCUGGAGCAGGUUCUUCUGGAUGAUGUGAAAUUAUCUGAACAAGUCAUGGACCUGAUAUUCUUUGUGCUAUCCAUUCUUUCCCACUGGAAGAAGGAAAAUCAUCUUGGCGCUUCUCCCUUCAUACAUACCUCACUUGUAGCAGCAAGUCUUCAUCUGUUGACAAGUUACUUUUCAUCUCAGUGGCAUGAACUUGUUCAUAUCCUUCUUGCACAUCCAAAGGUUGAUAUAUUUAUGGAUGUAGCCUUCGAUAGUCUGCAUGAGGAUAUGAGGAUACUGAGUGCCAGGCUAUUAACAUAUGACACCAAAGCCUUUUCUGCUGGUCCUUUUGACUCACAACUCACUCACUUCAUAUGCCAACAGUGCGAAGCGUCAUUGCAAUUUCUUUUGUUGCUGUGCCAGCAGAAGUUGUUCCGAGAUCGUAUUUUGAAAAACAAGGAGCUCUGUAGAAAUGGAGGUAUAUUGUCACUCUCUCUUACUAUAUUAAAGUUAGGUGUUCCAGAAUGUCUGAAAGGAUCAAUGGAUAUUGCUUCUUCCAUUUCCAGAUUGAAGGCUAAAAUCCUUUCCAUUUUGCUACAACUGUGUGAAGCUGAAAGUAUUUCUUACCUUGAUGAAGUCGCCACUUUAGAGAAGAGCAUGGAACUGGGGCAAACCUUGGCACUGGAGGUUCUUGAUUUACUGAAGACCGCAUUUGGAAGAAAACAAAAACCUGCUGCCAGUUCCCAUCAUAAGAAUUACCCCAUGGGUUCUGUGCUUAUCAGUGCCUUGCGUCUAGUUGAUGUCUUUUCUGAUGAUUCAAACUUCAGAUCUUCCUUCAUAACUAAUACUAUUCCCUUUCUGACCCAAAUUUUGGCCACUCCUCAUGAUGACUUUGUUUCAAGUUGGUGCUCUGUCAAUCUUCCAGUGAUGGAAGAUGAUGCUAAUCUGGAUUAUGAUCCAUUUGGUGCAGCUGAACUGGCACUUGCAGCUGCUUCAAAUAUGUUGACUGAAGCUAAAGCAAACUAUUCAUGCCCUUUUCGCUCUAUCAGCAUGCCUUCAAUAGCAUAUGCACAGACAAGAACAUCAUGUGUGGUGAAAAUAAUAGCAAAUUUGCAUGUCUUUGUUCCAAACAUAUGUGAAGAGCAAGAACGAGAUCUUUUUCUUCAGAAAUUUCAGAAGUACUUGUUAUCAGAGAGCCCCAGGCCAUCAUUGGACCAUCCGGCAUCUAAUGAGGCAACUACAGUUUGUAGAAACUUGGGAUCUUUGUCCCAUUAUGCUAAAUCACUAAUUCCAAAUAACUUGUUAAACGAGGAAGAUGUGCAAUUAUUAAGUGAAUUUGCUUAUAAGUUACAACUAUGGUGUAAAUCGCAAGUUGGACAGAGAACAUUGCAGGUUGCAAAAAGUGACACGUCAUCACAAAUGAAGGAAGACCAACAACUGGUGCAGCAGCCCCUGCCAACAAGCGCUAAUAUUACUAGUGUUCCAGACUCUAAUACUGAUAACCCUCCGCAGGUUGUGCAAAACAUUGAAGAGUCUACAGCAACACCCUCCAAGCAAGAGGGAAAUGCUAGGGAUGAGACUCCAAGAAACCGUGCCAGUGUAAAUGGUGGGCUCCUGCAGAAUUCAGUUGGCCAAAACCUAAUCCAUCUUGGUGUUGCGAGAACAGCUAUGCCAUGCUAUCCCGGUGCUAGUGCUGCUACUAGUAUGGAAGUCAAGCGCUGCAAAAGUGCAGAUCAUUUCAGAACACCAGAAACUACAAAAGGAAGUGGUCUAUGGGAUGAUGAUGAUGAGAGGCGACCUAAGAGAAAGAAGCGGACCAUUAUGAAUGAUGAGCAAGUAAAUGAAAUCGAGAAUGCUCUAGUUGAUGAGCCCGAGAUGCAUAAGAGUGCCACUUCACUUCAGGCAUGGGCAGAGAAGUUGAGUGGGCAGGGUUCGGAAAUAACAUCAUCACAACUAAAGAAUUGGCUGAACAACAGAAAAGCUAAGCUCGCUCGGAUUGCGAAAGAAAGAGGAGGGCCAUAUGAUGGCGAGAAUGCUGAUAAGCCAUCUACACCAGCUUCUUAUUCCCCCUCUUCCCCCUCUGGUGACUCCUCAGAAAGUGCUGGCGAGGAGAGCUACUUGCCACCUUCAAGGGUGCUAAGGCAUAUCCAAGGGGCAAGGGCAAUGACCCCAGACACCAGUGAGCCAAUUACACAGGCAGAGUUAAACCAGAACAUCAUGACGAACCGCCCUUUUACAAGAUCAUUCUCAUUUGAGCCUGGUCGUCUUGUUUUGUUGAUUGACAACGAAGGGAAUGAAAUUGGCAGGGGGGAGAUCUUUCAAGUUGAGGGCAGGGCACAAGGGAAGAGCUUGCUUGAGAGUCACAUUUGUAUUAUCGAUGUCACCGAGCUUAAGAUUGAGAAAUGGAGGGAGCUUCCUCACCCCUCCGAGGCAUCUGGAAGAACGUUCCAAGAGGCAGAAUCGAUGCAUGGUGGCGUGAUGAGGGUAGCGUGGGAUGUUGUCAGGCUUGCUCCAGUGUUACUGUAAAUUCAUUCUUUUUACCGCAUUUAAGAAGCUGUCCUCCCAUCUCUUUUGAGAAAGUACAGCUAGUAGAGACAACCUUCAGUCUAGGAUCUGAAGCCAUGAGUCUUCCAAAGAGGCUGUUUAUGGCAAGUGAGCUGCUCAAGCAACUAGUGUUUUGUGAAAGCCUCCUUGUUAUGUGUCGACUGUUGUAUCUGUUGACCUAAUGUGGGAGGAAAUACACCCUAUUAUAGGGUACUAAUUCUGAUAUAUCUGUUCAGUGUCCGU